AUGAAGCUAGACUUAAUGAUCUUUGGCAUGAUCUCUACAGCAACGGGCGUUAUCCAAGGCGCGUCUCUUAUAUACGAUACUACUCUUGAUAAGAUGGUGUUGAAUACGACUACCUUCCCAGCGCCACACCGCCGUGAUGGUCGAAGUUUUCGCUCGAGAGCAUCGGAUCCUGAGCCAACUUGCUCCCUCCGAUAUGGACUGGCGCGCGUUAAUGAGACCAUCGCCAACAUCGGCCAUCUCUCCGAUGUCGCGAAUGUCACGUGCAGUGUGCCGGCAGCUACUUGUGCGCGUGUAUCGCAUGAAGGAAGAUCCUCGAUUUUCUUCUGCAACUUCGAAAGCCACGACAUUAACACAAGAUGUGGAAAUCUGAUUCAACCCGCCAAGCAGGUCUCCGACGCAUGUACGAUAAGCAACAGCUACGACUACGGUUACGUUGCCAGAAGCAUGGUUGAUGGGUCUCAGACCAUCCCAUAUCUAGUGGUUAUUGGGGAUGAUUAUGCUUUUGCACCCUAG